GUAGGCUCCAAGCACAAAAAGCUUAAACAAAUACAAAGAAUCUACUACUCCCUGCCAGGCCGGAUCUUACAAGGGGAGCGCAAACUCCCAUUCCACCGCCGGGGAGCCACAUCACCAACCAGCCACCAAACCUCCAUUUAGUAUAAAAGGCGCCAUCCAUUUUUUUUUCUUCUUUUUUUCCAGCUCACACCGACCAACAAGCCACACUUUUAUUUGGAUUUAAAACCAACAGCAACAUCCACUGCGCAGCAACAGCGGCAGCAGCAGCAGCAGUCAAGAUGUCUCCCGCACUUACAAUACCGUACGGCCGACGCCUAAUCCCACAGGUCCUGGACGACUUGGCCAGGACCACACCGGACAGGGAGAUGUUCUCGGUGCCACGCUCCGACGACCCCAAGGACGGCUGGAAGACGUUGAGCUACGGGCAGGUGGCGGGCGCCGUCGACCGCGUGGCCGGCUACCUGCUGGAGCAAAAGAAGGACAUACUGUCGAGGUGCGCGAGCAGCAGCAGCAGCGGCAACAGCCAGACCAACGGGAGCGGCGACUCGAGGGCGCAGGACGAGUUCCCGACGCUGGCGUACCUCGGCCCCAGCGACGCGCGCUACGUCAUCUUCGCCGUGGCCUGCGUCAAGGCCGGCAUGAAGGCGCUCUUCAUCUCGCCGAGGAACCCCAAGGCGGCGCAGCUGAACCUCUUUGACAAGACCAACUGCAACGCCAUCUACUACGACCCAGAGUACGACCACGAGGUCCGGCUGUGGCUGGACGAGCGCACGACCAUGAUGGGCGUCAGGGUGCACUCGGCGCAGGAGUGGAUCGACGGCUGGGGCGCAGACAAGGGCAGCAAGCCGGCGCACGUACCCUACACAAAGACGUUUGAGGAGGCCGAGUGGGACCCCUUCAUGGUCAUGCACACCAGCGGCAGCACCGGGUUCCCGAAGCCCGUGUUUGUGCGCGUGGGCAUGCUGGCCGUGUCGGAUUCCUUCCACUCGGCGCCCGAGUUCAUGGGCAGCCCCACAAUCUUCAGCACGAGCAUGGCCGGCCGGCGCAUCCUGAACCCGAUGCCGCUGUUCCACGCCGCCGGCCUGUACGUCAGCCUCCUGCGGGCCGUCUACUUUGCCAUGCCCGUCGCGCUCGGCAUCACCUCGCGGCCCGUGACGCCGCAGUCCGUCAUGGACGCCCUGGCCAACGUCGACGUCGACAUGGCCAUCCUCCCGCCCGCCAUCCUGGACGAGAUCGCCUACAUCCCCGAGGCCGUCGACGCCCUGCGGCGGCUCGACUACGUCCUCUUUGGCGGCGGGCCCCUGAACCCCGAGGCCGGCGACCGCCUCUCGGUGCGCGAGGGCGUCAGGCUGCUCAACAUGAUCGGCUACACCGAGGCCGCGCCGCUGGCCUACCACGUGCAGAGGGAUCCCAAGCUCUGGCAGUGGUUCAUCGUCGACUCGGAGAGGAUGGGCAACAAGUGGGUUCCCUACGGCGACCUGACCGACGAGGGUGAGGUGUACGAGCACGUCAUCAAGCGCAAGGAGAAGAACGACCCGCCCGGAUCCCAGGGCAUCUUCUACACCUUCCCCGACCUGCACGAGUACCCGACCAAGGACCUGUACAUCAAGCACCCGACGCUGCCCAACCACUGGAAGUACCACGGCCGCGCCGACGACGUCAUCGUCUUCUCCAACGGCGAGAAGCUCAACCCCGUCUCCAUCGAGGCCGCCGUCGCCAGCCACCCGGACCUCAAGGCCGCCAUGGUCGUCGGCGCAGGCCGGUUCCAGCCCGCGCUGAUCGUCGAGCCCGCGCUGCCCGAGCUCUCGCCCAAGAACGACCAGGAGGCCGACCGCUUCGUCGAGCGCAUCUGGCCGCUCGUCGAGGAGGCCAACCGCGUCUCCGUCGCCCACGGCCGCAUCGCCAAGGAGCUGAUCCUCGUGGCGAGCCCGCACAAGCCCUUCCCCCGCGCCGGCAAGGGCACGGUGCAGCGUCCCGCCGCCGUCAAGCUCUACAAGCUCGAGACGGACGCCCUGUACGAAAAGGCCGGCAUGGAGGCCGACGGCGCCGCCGACUCGUCCAUCCCCAUCGACGUCUCCUCCAAGCCCAAGCUGGCCGAGUCCAUCCGGGAACUGUUUGAGCAGCUCGGCGAGAUGAACAACAAGGGCAAGAAGCUCGCGCUCGACCGGGACUUUUUCACCGCCGGCGUCGACUCCCUGCAGGUCCUCAACGCCGUGCGCAUGAUCCGCCGCGGCCUCGAGGCCGCCGGCCUGCCCAGGCCGUCGCCCUCGGUCCUCGCGCCACGCUUCAUCUACGCCCACCCGACCGCCGAGAAGCUGGCCGCUUACGUCUUCGACACGAUAAUCCACGGGCAGCAAAACGGCCACGCAAACGGCAACAACAACAACAACAGCGGCCCGUCCCCCGACAUCCAGGCCAUGAAGGCGCAGCUUGAAAAGUACACGAGGGGUCUGCGCAGCGACCCGGCCUCGCAGAAGAACAAGCCCGCGCCGUCCGAGACCGACCAGACCAUCAUCCUCACGGGCUCCACGGGCGCGCUGGGGUCCUACAUCCUCGACAUGCUGCAGUCAUCCGCCUCUGUGGGCAAGAUCAUCUGCCUGAACCGGGGCGACGACAGCGGCGCGCGGCAGAAGAAGCUCAGCGCCGAGCGCGGGCUGGCGACCUCGUUCGCCAAGGUCGAGUUCUACAACGCGGACCUGUCCCGACCGGACCUGGGGCUCGACGCCGAGACGUACGACCGACUGCUCCGCGACACGGACCGCAUCGUGCACAACGCCUGGCCCGUCAACUUCAACAUGUCGGUCGAGACCUUUGAGCCGCACGUGGCGUCGGCGCGCAACUUUGUCGACCUCGCCCUCAAGGCCGCCAAGAACGUCCACGUCGUCUUUGUCAGCUCCAUCGGCACGGCCGACGGGUGGACCGGAGCCGAGGCGUUCCCGGAGCGCCGCUCCGACGACCUGACGCUGCCCUCGACCGGCUACGGGCGCUCCAAGCUGGUCAGCUCGUUGAUCUUCGACGAGGCCAGGGAGCGCAGCGGCGUGUCGACGGCCGUGGUGCGCGUGGGCCAGAUCGCCGGCCCGAGGGGCGACAAGGGCGCCUGGAACCGGCAAGAGUGGCUGCCGUCCAUCGUGGCCAGCUCGCUCGCCCUCGGCGCGCUUCCUGGGAGCCUGGGCCCCAUGGACGACGUCGAGUGGACGCCCACCGAGGAUAUGGCCAAGCUGAUCCUCGAGGUCGCCGACAUUCUGCCCACGCGCGAGGGCUGGAAGCAUGACAACGAGGGAUAUUUCCACGGCGUCAAUCCGCGCAGCAGCAAGUGGAGCGAGCUGGUACCGCACGUCCAUGACUUUUACGGCGAUCGGAUCAAAGAGAUUGUGCCCAUAGAGAAGUGGGUUGAGUUGCUGGAGAAGAGCGCCAGCGACACCAAGAAUAUCGAAAAAAACCCGGGUGUCAAGCUGUUGGAUUUCUACCAAGGCCUCCUCCACAGCAGAAAUAUCAAGUUUGACAUGAGGCGCACUUGCGAGCUCAGCCCGACCAUGGCCUCCUUGGAGGCCGUAACUCCAGAGUUGAUGAAGAACUGGUGCAGGCAAUGGGAAUUCUAGGCGCAAAGAUUGAAAUAGCACUUGCAAUUGUAGAUAUGAACGGCUUCAACAACCAGGCUUGGGGGGGAGUGGGGGGUUAAGCGGGAGGUUCAACAGUAUCAACACUGUUUCAUAUGUGUACCUAGCAUAGAUGAUAAUACGAGAA